UCUCGCGAGACGUGCUGGUAAAACGGCAGAGGCUUUGGCGCGGAUAUCGCGAGAGUUUUUCCUCUCCACAAAGAGGAGGAGGGGGGUGAAUCCGAAAGAUGUGAAGCGAAUUAUUUUUUUAUUUUUUAUUUAUUUAUUUUUUUUAUUUUUUAAAUAUAUAUAUUAUUUAUUUAUUUAUUUAUUUAAAUAUACAAAAAUGGCCGCCGCGGAGAGCGGAGAGGAGAGACUUGAGGAGAAAAACGAAGACCAGGAGCAGCCGGGACAGAAGGAGAAACCCCCAAAACCGAAGAAGUUGAAGAAGGAAGGGGGGCGGGAUGAGGAGGGGCUGCAGCCUGCCCCGCCCCCUCCUUCUCCUCCUCCCCCUCCCCCCUCCUCCUCCUCCUCCUCCUCCUCCUCCGCAGAGCAGCCACCGUCUUCCAUGGAGGCUGGGAGAGCCGAGCCCUGUGAGUCUGCAGCGGGGGCCGCCAGCUCCGCCCCAGCCCCCCCAGAGCCUGCCGUCUCCCCCAAACAGAGGCGCUCCGUCAUCCGCGACCGGGGGCCCCUGUACGACGACCCCUCGCUGCCCCAGGGCUGGGCGCGCAAGCUGAAACAGCGCAAGUCUGGGAGGUCGGCCGGGAAAUACGAUGUGUACCUGAUCAACCCGGAGGGGAAGGCCUUCCGCUCGAAAGUGGAGCUCAUCGCGUACUUCCAGAAAGUGGGGGACACCACCACCGACCCCAACGACUUCGACUUCACCGUCACGGGGCGCGGCAGCCCCUCCCGACGCGACAAGAAGCCCCCCAAGAAACCCAAGGUGGUGAAAGCCUCGGGGAGGGGGCGGGGGAGGCCCAAGGGCAGCGGGAAGCUGCGGUCGGCCUCCGAGGGGGUGGCGGUGCAGCGCGUGGUGGAGAAGAGUCCCGGCAAGCUGCUGGUCAAGAUGCCUUUCGUUCCCCCGGCUUCCAAACCCCAAACCGGGGCGGUGGCCAUUAAAAAGAGGCCCGGCAGGAAGAGGAAGCUGGAGCAGGAGCCCCCGGGGGGCGCCCCGAAGAAGAGGGGGCGCAAGCCGGCGGGGGUGGGGGUGGGGGUGGCUGGGGGGUCCGGGAGUCAGGGGACGAUACCCGCGACAGCCAGCCUGUCCGCAGCGCAGGCAGUCGAAGCCAGGAAGAGAGCUCCGCUCGCGGGGAAGGUGCACGAUACGGCGCUGCCCAUCAAGAAGCGGAAGACGAGGGAGACCGUGGAGGAGCCGGAGCCACCGCCUCCUCCUCCUCCUCCUCCUCCUCCUCCCCCAGCCUCCUCUGGGGCGCUGGAGAAGGGAGUGAAGGGGACCAAGUGCCCUGGGAGGAAGCACAAGGAAGGGGGGGAAGGUGGGGGUAGCAGCAGCAGCGGUGGAGGUGGAGGAGGAGUGGGAGUGGGAGUGGGAGUGGGGGGAAGCCCUUCAAAGGGACAGAAGAAAAAGAAACCCCAGCACAAGCAUCACCACCCCGCCCAACACCCUCCCCCUCCCGCCACGCACGCAGAGCAGCCGCAGGACUUGAGCGCCCCCAAACUGUGCCGGGAGCAGCAACAGCAGCAGCCCAGAAAGGAGGCUGCCACCCGAGGGGACAGCUGCCCCAGCAAGACUCAAGCAGCCGCUGCUGUGGAAGCCAAAGGCAAACAGCGGGCGGGGGUGAUCAUGGGAGGGGGGGCGGAGGGAGGGGACGUGAAGGACAUUGUGCCCACGUCGGCCGUGCCGAGGCCCAGCCGGGAGGAGACUGUGGAAUCCCGGACCCCCGUCAGCGAGAGAAGCUCUGAGACACAGUCUGUGUGUGCCAGAAGGACAGGGCCUUGAAGAAGGGAUGAUGCAGGGAAAGAGAAGUGGCCUUGUGAUGGAAGUCUUAACAGAAACGCACACGUGCGCUAACGACACGGGGCCCCGUGUUUUGCCCUUCCAAUUUAUUUCAACGCACCUGUUUCAAUAAUGCGGAGAAGUCCGAUUCACAAGAGGAGUCAGUACCUGUAAAGCCGAGGGAACACGGAGCUGCUUUGGGGCUUGGAACUGGGGUUCAGGAGACCGGGGUUCAGGACGCUGCGCGGCACACCAGGCAGGGAGACUUGGGGGGGGGGGGGGGGGUUUGAUACAGCAAACCUCAAACUAGGUCUCCUACCAGGUUUCAGGGGGUCCGAGUGAAAGGCGAAAUUUGAUUGCAGCUCAGUCCACUGAAGCCCACCGAAGCCAACUCUACCACACACACACAACGUUGUGAAAUUGCUGACUGUUUCAACCUUGGCCAGUUUUGAUAAAAAUGCAUAGCACUUUAUAGCAAAUGUUGCGUGAUGGGGGACACCCUACUCCCUUUUUAUCCUAUUUUUAUAAUUUUUAUUUUUAUAUAUUUUUUAUUAUUAUUAUUAUUUUUGUCUUCAAUCAGUGAGAAGGGUUGUCCUACCACCGCAGCUACUGUAUUAGACAAAGGUCACCUUUUGAACCCGGAUCCUAGCCUUCCUGAUAUUGAGAAAAUGUCAGUUCACUCGCGGCUUUGUUACAAAGUACGCUGUGGCCAUUUUCCUCAAAAAUAAAUAAUAAGCAUUUAAAAAAUAAAAUAAUGGUUGAAAAAAACAACAAUAAACAAACAAA